AUGGCAGUGCUGCUGCGCCCGGCGGCGAUCGCCGGCGGCCGGCAGGUGUGGCCGGUGGCGGAGGACGAGGAGGGGGCGCGCGAGGCGGAGGCGGCGUCGCAGCGGCUGGUGGAGGCGGUGGCCCGCGGCGACGCGAGGGAGGCCGGCGAGCUGCUCGCGGCGGGGCGCGCGGACGUGAACUACGCCGGGGUGGUGUGGCUCAGGGCGCGGCGCGUCGCGGAGGCGGAGCCCCGGGAGGGCGCCGCCGCCGAGGCGCGGGCCGUGCACGAGGAGAUCCGCGCCGACGUCUCGCCGCUCUUCCUCGCCGCCGGCAACGGGGACGUCGCGCUCGUCCGCGCCUUGCUCGCAAAGGGAGCGGAUGUGAACGGCAAGGUGUUCCGGGGCUACCCGACGACGGCUGCAGCACGGGAGGGGUGCGCCGAGGUGGCGGAGCUGCUUGUGCGUGCGGGUGCGUCGCAGCCGGCCUGCGAGGAGGCCGUCGUGGAGGCUGCUCUGCAGGGCCAGGCCGCCCUCGCGGCCAUCUUCAUGCGCUCGGACCUCGUCCGCCCCCGCGUUGCCGUCCACGCGCUUGUGUCUGCCGCGGCGCGCGGCUUCGUCGACGUGGUCGACACGCUCAUUAAGUGUGGAGCUGAUCCAAACGCGACCGCCCGGGUGCUCCUGCGCUCGCUGAAGCCAUCCCUGCAUGCCAACGUCGACUGCACGGCGCUCUUUGCCGCAAUCGUGAGCCGUCAAGUCGCUGUGGUCCGCCAUCUGCUUCAGGCCAGCGUGAAGAGGGACACGAAAGUGAGGCUGGGAGCAUGGUCCUGGGACGCGUCCACCGGCGAGGAGCUGCGCGUCGGCGCCGGACUCGCCGAGCCUUAUGACGCGGUAUGGUGCGCCGUGGAGUACUACGAGUCCACGGGCUCCAUCCUGCGCAUGCUCCUCCAUACCGGGUACACGUCGACCGCCGCUCACCUCGGCCGGACGCUCCUCCACCACGCCAUCCUCUGUGGCAGCGCCGGUGCCGUCCAGACCUUGCUGGCGUCCGGUGCGGACUCCGAAGCUCCCGUGAAGACGUCCAGGAGCAACAGGUCCAGGCCGGUUCACCUGGCCGCGCGCCUCGGCCAGCCGGAGAUCCUGCGGAUGCUGGUUAACAGGGGCUGCGACGUGAACGCGAGGGCGGAGGCCGGCGACACCGCUGCCAUCCUCUGUUCGCGCCACAAAUGCGAAGACUGCCUCAGAGUUCUCGUGUCCGCCGGUGCAGACGUCGCGCUGUUAAACUCGGCUGGCGACUCCCCGGCCUCCGUCGCCUCCUCUGGGGGAUGGAAGACCGGCUUCGAAAGGGCUGUCAUUGGCGCGAUUCGGUCCGGGACCAUCCCACGCUCGAGCGAUCGGAACGUGUUCUCCCCGCUGAUGUUCGGCGCGCUGUGCGGCGACGCGACCGCGAUGGAAGUGCUGCUCGCUCAGUCAGACGUGGACGUGGACGAGCAGGAUCUGGACGGGUGCUCGCCCAUAAUGGCUGCUGCCAAGAUGGGCAACGUCGAGGCCUUCCGUGCCCUUGUAUUCGCCGGCGCCAACGUGAAGCUGAGCAACAAGCGCGGCGAGACGGCCAUUGGACUGGCGCAGCAGAGCAAGAAGAGGGACCUCUUCGAGCAGGUCAUGCUCGAGUUUGCACUGGAGAAGGGCAUGCCUGGAGGCUUCUACGCGCUUCACUGUGCCUCCCGGCGCGGGGACACCGCGGCAUCGCGGCACCUCGCCAGCACGGGCUGCGACGUCAAUAUCCCCGACGGCGACGGCUACACCCCGCUGAUGCUCGCGGCAAGGGAAGGCCACGCGGGCGUGUGCGAGCUUCUCAUCACCUACGGCGCUCGCUGUGACCUCCGGACGCCGCGCGGCGAGACGGCGCUCUCCCUGGCGCGAGCAGCGCUGGCCACGGCGGGCUUCAACAAGGCCGAGGACGUGAUCAUGGACGAGCUGGGCCGGCAGGCGGUCCUCCAGGGCGCGCACGUCAGGAAGCACACCAAGGGCGGGCGCGGGAGGCCUCAUGGCAAGUCGCUGCGCAUGGUCGCUGCGGCGGGCGUGCUCCGGUGGGGCGGGUCGAGCCGGCGCAACGUGAUCUGCCGGGAGGCCGAGGUCGGUGGCAGCUCGGCGUUCCAGCGGCACAGGCAGAGGAAGGGAGACGCGUAUGAGCCGGGGCUGUUCCGCGUGGUGACUACGACAGGGAGGGAGGUGCACUUCGUGUGCCAGGGCGGCGAGGAGGCCGCGGAGCUGUGGGUGAGGGGCAUCAGGGCCGUGACCAGGGCGGCAUUUGGCAAGAGAGGCAAGGAGUGA